CAGGCAGCCGGCCUUGGGGAAGUUGAACUCCACAAACAGCCAUAUGGUGAAGGCCAGCGUCGCGAGGAGCGAGAAAGAUCAAGGUGUACGCAAAGUGGUUGUACAUCGCUAGUUCACGUAGUUCUUCCUCAAUCGCAGAGCUCUUCGCACUCCAAUCAGUGCCGUUAUGGCGUGAUAGAAGAUGAAGGAAUCCAUGAAGAACAGCAGAGCCAUUGUCACCAGAGGUGUUCUGUCAUCAGUAUCAAACGUGUCCUAAAUCCACACACAAUGUGACUUAAUACUUAGCAAGCCACGGACACAUAAAUACGUCCAUAAGUCCAUAAGAAUAUAUACAGGGGUUAUAAUACUAGGUGCGCUAAUACUUCAUACAUAAGGAAAUACCCAUUGUGUCCAAAGGGUUAAGAUCUCACGAUACUAAACUGGACAUUUACACACAAUCGUGUGAAGACUCACGGUUCUCGAUCGGACAACGCCGUCGAUGAGAGCGAGAACCCAGUAUAUGACGCCAGCUGCUAUGACCUUCAAGAGUGAAUCACCCAGUCUGGGGCUGAAU